AUGUUGUUUGAUACUGUUUUGAAAGUUGUUCUUUUGUUAUUUUUGUUCCCAGUUGAAACGUUUGGAUUUUAUUAUUAUAGUUCAACAGGUGAAAAGAAAUGUUUCAAUAAAGAGUUGUCUAAGGGUACUUUGUUGAAAGGUAAAUAUAAUGUUCAAAUUUAUCAGGAUGAUUUGAAAUCUUAUAUGGAUGCUAGUGCUGAUAAGUUGGAAGUUGUCAUUGAUGUUGAAGAAGUAUUUGAUGAUAACCAUAGAGUUGUACACCAAAAGGGUUCUCCAUUAGGUGAUUUUACCUUCAUUGCAUUGGAUUCUGGUGAACACAGAGUUUGUCUAGAGCCUAAUAACAAAUCAUGGAUGGGUAAUUCUAAAGCUAAGAUUUCUAUUGAAUUCGAAGUUGGCUCAGAAGCUCAAUUAGACUCAAAGAAGAAGCGUACAGUUGAAUCUUUACAUGAAAAGGUUAAUAUGUUGAAUGCUAAAAUUAGUGAAAUUAAGAGAGAGCAAGCUUUAGUUAGAGAGCGUGAAGCUAAUUUUAGAGAUAUUUCUGAAUCUGCCAAUUCAAAGGCUAUGUGGUGGACCAUUUUUCAAGUCGUAGCUUUAGGUGGUAUCUGUGUUUGGCAAAUGAAACAUUUACGUUCUUUCUUUGUUAAACAAAAAGUUUUGUAA